GGAAAGGCCCCUUGUGCUGUGUAGUCACCUCAUCACACGCUGCGUCUAAUGGAGUCGGCGGCUGACGGCGAGGACGGCGGCGGCGGCGGCGACCAGCGCGCUUUGGCAGGCGGUAGCGGCGGCGGCUCUGGCAGUAGCGGUGGCGGCGGCGGCUCCAGCACGCCGCUGCUACAGCCGCUGGCGCAGCCGCUGCUACAGCCGCUGGCGUGCUCCGGGGCAGAGUCAGGCGGCGGCGGGGACGGGGUGGCGGGUGAGGGGUGGCAGGGGGGCGUCGGCGGGGCGGGAGCAGGUGCAGCAGCCGGAGCGGCGGCGGGCAUGGGCUCACUGCUUCAGCAGGUGCUGGCGGCGGCGGCGCCGUUCGGGCCGGCGGCGGCGCUGGAAUCAAUGGAUCUGGAUCAGGCGGCUUUGGCGGCUUUGGCGGCGGCGGAUGGGCGGUCGGCUGGCAACCCGGGAAUGGAGGCGGCGGAAGAUGACGGCGGUGGCGCAUCGGCGGCAGAGGCUGCUGCUGCAGCUGCGGAGGCCCCAGUGGCGGAGGCUGCAGCUGCGGCGGCGGGGGCCGGCUUAGAUGUGGACAUGGAGGGCCGCGCCGGCUCAUUGGACCCGCCCGGCGUCAGCUUCAAUGGGGAGGGAAGCCUCGGCGUCAGCAUCUCAGACGGCAUGGGUGGCGUCGGCGUCAGCGGCGGCCGCGUCAGCGGUGGAGACGUUGCAGGCGGCGACGUUGCACAUGGUGGUGGUGGCGGUGACAACCAGGGCUACAAUGGGCGGGACGGGCUUGGUGAUGGGGCCGGCGAUGGGCGCGGCCUGGAGGAGGUUUCGUCACUGCCGCUGGCGUUCAGCGACUUGCAGGGGCCGGAAAUGGUGGAGGCGGGGGCAGCGCCGUUGCAGGAGCAGCAGCAGCAGCAGCAGCAGCAGCAGCAGCAGCUACUGCUGCUACAGCCGCUGCAGCGGGGGCAAAUUCAAGAGCAGCAGCCGCAGGAGCGGCUGCAGGAGCAGCGGGAGCAGCAGGAGCAGGAGCGGGCGAUGCUGGCGCUCGAAGAGCCCGCCCCUAGCCUUGACGGGUACUGGGCGGCGAUGGCGGCGGCGGCGGCGGCGGCGCCGGGCCAGCAACAGCAGCCGCAGGUGAUUCUACUGCCCCCGCCGGCGGAGCUCUCCCCGCAAGCUGCUACGGCCGGGGCUACUGCCUCGCCUGCAGCUACUGCUGGUUCUGCAGCCAGGGAAGCCCAGCAGGCGUUAGUGACCGUGGAGCAGCCGCCGCCGCCGCCGUCUGCGGCUUGGUCGGCGGCGGCUCUUCAAGCUUCUGGCGGCGGCGGGUACCUAGCCGCCGGCGCCGGCGGCGGCUCUGCACUGCUGCCCGCACCGCCGCCUUACAGCUCUCCCGGCGGAGUGGCGGUGGCGGCGGCGCCCCAGCCGCCGCUCCGACAGCUGCAGUUGCAGCCCGGCGGCAUUAUGGCUGGGAGCCCUGCUGCGGCCUCUGCUACUAGCUACGGCGAGUCUCCCCAGCAGCAGCAGGCGCAGCAGGAGCAGCGGGCGCAGCAGUAUCAGCAGCACGGCUACCCGCACCAAGCCCCAUACCAGCAGCAGUACCAGCAGCAAUACCAACAGCAACACCAGCAGCACCAGCAGCAGCAGGGCCCCGGGUAUGCGGAGCAGCAGCAGGAGCCCAUGCCGCCGGAUGCACCAGCUAUGGACAUGGCACAGGGGGCGAUUGCGACUGCGGUGGGAAUUGCACCACCGCAACAUCGGUACACCGUGACGGCGCCGCCACAGCCGCAACCGCCUCCGCCACGUCCGCCGCAACCGCCGUAUGACCAGGGGCCGCCACAGCCGCAGCCGCAGCCGCCGUACACGGCCGACCCGUACGAACUGCAGCUGCAGUACUACCAGCAGCCGUACCAGGUCGAGGCGGCGGUACAGCCGUACCAACUGCCGCCGCCGCAGCCGUACCAGGAGCAGCAGCAGCCGCCCUCUGCUGCGGUGCAGGAGUCGGCGGCGGCGCGGUAUGACCUGGCGCCGGCUGGGGCUGUGGCUUAUGGCACCAGCAGCAGCUAUCCGCAGCCGCAGGCGCCGCAGCUGCAGUCUCCGCCACAGCCACAGCCACAGCCACAGCCGGCUCCUUACGGUGUGAACGCACAGCAAUCCGCUGACCCAUAUGGGCAUCAACAGUACCAGCAACAGCAACAGCAGCAAUCGCAAAGCCAGCACGCCUACGGGCACGGUUAUGGAUACAGAGACAAUCAGGCGCAGCAGCCGGCCUACCCCACUCACUCGCACCAGCAGCCACGGGAGCAGGCGCAGCAGCAGCAGCCAUGGCAGCACGCGCAGAACGCGCCGCCGCAGCAACAACAGCCGCAGCAGCAGCACCAGCAGCAGGAGCAGUACCAGCAGCAGUACCUGCCGCAGCAGUACCAGCAGCAACAGCAGUACCCGCAGCAGCCUUACCACCCACAACAGUACCAGGAGCAGCAGCCGCAAGGCUACCCGCCAGAGCCGGCGGCAACACAACGCCACCAUCCGGAGCAGGCGCAAGCGUAUCCCUACUACCAGCCGCCUCCGCCACAGCCGCCGCAGCCGCCCCAGCAGCCGCAGCCGCAACAGGUGAACUGGCCACAGCAGCAGCAGGGGUUCCCGCAACCCCAGCAACAACAGGCGUAUGCUCAGCAGCAGCGCUUCCCACAGCAGCAGGAGCUGCAGCAACAGGCCCAGCAGCAGUACCCACCGCCUUCAAACUAUCCGCCGAAUCCACAACAGCCGCAAUGGGCUGCGCCACCGCCGCCGCCGCCGCAGCAGCAGCAGCAGCAGCCAGGGCCGGGGCCCCCGGGGCCGCCGCCGGCGCCAGCUCCGCCCUCGUACGACCAGCAACCGCCGCACCAACCGCUGCAACCGCCGCCGCCGCCGCCGUAUUCGCCUUCUUACCAGCAACCGUACCAGCCGUAUGUACAGCAGCCGCAGGAGCAGCAGUUGGCAAGGCAGCGGCAGCAGCAGCAGCUGCUGCUGCUGCAGCGGCAACGGUCGCUGCGGCAGAUCCCGCCCACCCUCGACGGGUUUGCCGAGCGCUUCACAAUCGUUGUGCCACUGCCGCAGCCGCCAUCGCCGCUUCCGUACGCGCCGCCGCCACCCGUGCUACAGCCCGGCGGCUACGCCUGCUGGAGCGCCGUGGGGCCGGCUGUAGCAGAGCAGCAGGCGGCUGCGGCACCGUCGGGAGGUAGGGCAGUAGCGCCGCCGGCGGCGGCGGCGGCAGCGACUGCAAACAUGCCGCCGGCGGUGGCGAGCGGUUACCCGGGCCAGUGGGAGCAGCACCAGCAGCACCAGCAGCACCAGCAGCAGUCUAUGCUGCUCCAGCCGUCGGCGGAGCUUGAUUUGGUGGCGCUGCGGGCGCCGUCGCCGCUGCACCUGCUCGCCGAGCUGGCGGAGGCGACCGACGGCGGCAGUAGCGCCGGCGGCGGCGCGGCAGGCCAUGAGGCAGUGGCGGCGGCGCCACAGCCGCCGCCGACCCGGCUGGCGUUAAUGAGGCCCGGGCCGCCGCCGCCGCCGCAGCCACAGCCGCCAGCUGACGCCGGCGGCGCUGCCGCUGCAGCCCCGGUGGCGCCUGGCGGCGCCGGCAGCGCCGCCGCCGGGCCUGCUACUGCCGCCGCCGGCGUCAGCGCGGCGACGGUGGAGGCGCUGGCGGCGGCGCUGGUGGCGGCGAUGGAGGGCGAUGGGGACCCUGUGACACGGCUGUCAGCGGUGCUCGGAGGAAUGAUGUACGGCGGAGAGGUGCUACAGCCGCCUGAGGUGCUACAGCCGCCUGAGGUGCUGCAGCCGCCGCUGGAUGCUGCAGAAUUUCCGCCGGGCACGAAUGCGGAGGUUGUGCCGCCCGUGACAGAGGUAGGGCAGGCGCAGCCGCCGCCGCAGCUGCCGCAGCCGCUGCAGCCGCUGCAGCAGCAGCAGCAGCAGGAGGGGCUUGAUGAGGAGCAGAUGCUACUGCCGCGCUCCGAGCCCUCCUUUCGGUGGGACCUGCAGCAGCCGGAUCAGCCGCCGCCGCCGCAGCAGCAGCAGGGGCCGCCGCCGCCGCCUGUUACAGCUCAGCAGCCUCAAGCCGUCCCACAUCGAUCGCUACAGCCACCACAGCAGCAGCAGCAGCAGCAGCCGGCUGUAGCACUGGAACUACAGCCGCUGCAGCCUCCAGGGGGCCUAGCCUCCCCCUCUGCUACUGCCGCAGCGCUGGACGUCUCACAGAAGCGGCCGCACGGCAGCAGUAGCCCCAUCCCGCCUCGGGGCCCCAGCAGUCUUCCACAGGCGCUGCCGCUCUUUCGCGAUGUGCCGGCAGCAGCAGCGCUGACUGGCAGAGCCGCAGGCGAGCGAGUGUCGUUAGCGGCGGGAGUGACAGGGGGGUUGCCAGGGCGAGUGACCGAGGCAGCAGCGGCCGGCGGGCUAGGAGCGGCGGCGGCGCCGGCCGGCCGUGUGGUCUCCACGUCUACGCCACUGCCGUCUCUGCCGCCCCCGACACCCUCGCAGACUUCUCUGCACCAUCAACAGCAACCGCAACAGCAACAGCAACUGCAACCGUCACUGCAACCGCCGCUCAUCAAAGCCGAUCCAGUGAGCGGCAGCAGCCACGCUGCUCCGCAAGCCGUGGCAGCGCCCGCUGCAGGCGCAACAGUGGUGCUUCAAGGACUCACGGCAGCGGCGCUCGGCGGCGGCGACAGUAUUGGUGGUGGCGGCGGCAGCAGCCCCGGCGGCGGAGCGCGCAUGCUCUCUGCCCAUCCCGGUGCCAGCACGCGUGACCCGCGCCGCCGGCCCACCGGCAGCCUUCCGUCGCCGCUGCCACAGCCACAACCGCCGCCGCCGCCACAACCGCCGCCGCCGCAACCGCCGCCGCCAACCGUCGGGACGGUGGCGGGCCCUGAGGAGAUUCCGUUGUCAGGCUGGUUCAGUUGGGCGCUGCGGUUGGAGCCGGCAAUGCCGGCGGCGCCGCCGCCACUGGCGCCGCCGCCAGCAUUGCCCACGGACACAGAGCAAGACGGCGGCGCCGCGACAGGAUCUGGUCCCCAAUCGUUGGCGGCGGUUGCGGCGCCGCCACGGCCGUUAUCGGCGGUUGCGGCGGCGCCGCCGCCAUCUGGGCACCAGCUGGCGAUCUCGCCGGAUGAGGCGGUGGCGUAUCUGUACGACAAUUUGGGACUGGGUGCGUACGGCAUGGAGGCUGGCGGUGGCGGCGGCGGUGGCGGUGCCGUACGGGAUUCGGCCGGUACGGCGGCUGAUGUUGACGAGCGGAGCGUGCUGUACGGAGCGGCAGGAGAUGCCCGUGGCGGCGGUUACGGCGGUUACGGCGCCUGCCCGCCGUCAGCGCCUGGCCAGCGCUACGGCCCUGGCGGCCCUGGCGGCGGUGGCGGCGGCGGUGGGGGCGGCGAUGGUGAUGAUAGGGACAGAGACGCCGGCGCCGCUUACGGUGUUGCACGAGCGGCGGGUAGGCGGCAGCGGCAGCGGCAGGAUUAUGCAGCCCUCGCGAACGGCGGCGGCUUGGUUGAUGACGGCGGCCUGCAUGGGUGGCGGGGCGGCGGCGCCUCCACCGGCGGCGGCGGCGGCGGCGGCUACAGCCACAAGCCGGGGCAGCAGCAUGAGCCGCCCGUGUACUGGGAAUAUAAUCGGCACGAGCGCGAGCGAGUGGUGGUGGCGGAGGAGGAGGCGGCAGCGGCGGGAGCGGGCGGGGGCGAAACUGGCGGCGGCGGCGGUGGCGGAGGAGGCGGUGGCGGCAGCAGGGGCAUAGCCCGGGCUAAAGGCGGUGCCAGACAUGCCGGCAGUAGCGGCGGCCCUGUCGGCGGUGGCGGUGGAAGCACCGCCAAACGCAAGGCGCGCGGUGCUGCAACGUCGCCUGGCCGUGGCGACAACACCCUUCCCACCGCCGCCGGCCAGGUCACUGACGGCGUCGACGGCGGCGGCGGCGCCGCCGCUGAAGGCAAUGACGCAAAGCGCCGCCGCAUUACCACCGCCGCCACCAGCGUCGGCGGCGGUCCCGCCGUCAGCGGCGGCGGCGCCGCCACCACCAGCACCGGCGGCGGCAGCGCCGGCGGCGGCGGCGCGGCGAUUGCGCCAGUGGUUAAGAAUGCGCUGCGGGCUGGGGACGCGGCGGCGGCGGCGGCCGGCGGCGGGCGCUACUGCUCCGUGUGCGGCGCCACCAAGACAAAGUGCUGGAUGAGUCACAAGACGGAGCCGGGCCGGCACACGUGCAAGGCCUGCUACAAGCGGUUCCUGCGCCACGGGCACUACGGGCGAGUGGCGCCCCUGCCGCUGUCCAUCACGGCCGCCCGAGCCAGGGGGGCGGAGCUGCUGGUGCAAGACCACUACCUGCAGGACGCGCCACCGCCACCAGCCGUGCUGCGGCGGGCGACCAGCCCUGAGACUGGCGGCGCGAUGGCGACGAGCGCCGCCGGCGGCGGCGGCAGCGGCGGUGGCGGCCCUGGCGCGGCCGUGGCAGCUUCGGCACGAAGCCCGGCGGGAGGAGGCGGUCCUGGCAAGCAGCGCCCGGAGCAGCAGACGCCACAGAAGCGGCCGGGUCGGGGCAGUGGCGGCGGCGGCGGCGGCGACGGUGGAGGCGGCGGGCGGAGCCGCGGGCGGCGCGCACGGGGCCGGCGGCGGGCGGGCGGCUCCUAUGACAGCGGCGUGGACGAUAGUGGUUUUGGGGACUUGACAGAGGAGGAGGAGGACGAGGAGGCGGACGAGGAUUGGGAGGAGUGGAAGGAGUGGGAGAAGCACGAGGCUGAGGCUGAGGCUGAGGCUGAGGCUGAGGCUGAGACUGAGCCCGAGGGCGACGGCAUGGGCGACGGCGAGGGCGAGGAGGAGUGGGAUGGGGAGGAGGGGAAGCCGUUGAGAGAAUCGGCGCGGCACAGGAGGCAGCAGCAGCAGCAGCGCCGGCGCGGCCUGCCGCGGGUGCGGCAGCAGCAGCCCCAGACGGUGGAGGAGCUGGAGCCGGGUGGUGGUGGUGAGGAGGGGCCGAGUGCUCGGGGCGGGUCCAUGGGUGGCAGCGGCGGCGGCGGCGGCGGCGACGGCGGUGACGGCGGCGGCGACGGCGAUGGCGAUGGCGAUCUGAUGGGCGUAAAUCUCCAGGCAGCGGCACUGCGGCCCUCAUCGCAGCACCAGCACCAGCACCAGCACCAGCACCAGCACCAGCAGCAGGUGCGGACACCGCAGGGCUCCGAGGCUACAGCCGCAGCUGCCGCGCCUUCAAGCGUGGUGGCGGCGCCGCCGCCAGCCGCUGUCGUCGCUACAGCCGCCGCCGCUACAGCCGCCGCUGCCGCCGCCUCGCCCAUGACGCCGCCGCCGCGGCCAGCCCCGGCGGGCUCCGCGCCGUACCCCGCCCUGACGCCGCCGCCGCCGCCGGCAGCACCUGCGCCAGCGCCCCGGCCGCCGUUGCUGGCGCAGCCCGCUAUGGUGCCCGUUCGUGGGGGCGACGGAGCAGGAGGUGGAGGAGGAGGAGGAGGCGGCGGCGGGGGAGGAGGAGGAACAGUGGCACGGGAGGUUGGAGAGGCAGCGGCGGGCGCCGCCGCCGCCGCCGCCACGCCCCCAGUGGCCACCGCAGCCAUGUCAGGCUCAGCUGCCGCUGCCGCGGCGCGCCUGGCAGUGGCGAUGUCGCCUGUGGGUGCGGGGCCGUUCCCAGCCGCCGGCGGUGCCGCUGGCGGCAUGGGUGGCAUGGGUGCUGCAAGUGACGAAAUGCCUGGCCAAGGCCAAGGCCAGGGCCAGGGCCAGGAGGCUGCCGACGAGGGGCAGCGGACGGAGAUGGGCGGGGGCCAGGCACGCCGGCACGGCGGUGGUGGUGGUGGUGGUGGCGGCGGGGGCGGCGGCGGGGGCGGGCCGCGGCGCGGCGGUGGAGGUGGCGGCGCCAGACGAGGAGGUGGCGGCGGGAUCGGCGGGAAGCUGCCCGAGGGAGAGCGGCGCUGCUAUGAGUGCGGCACGACACGGACAGGGGGAGGCUCCUGGAAGCGGCACAAGGAGGUGGAGGGCGAGAUCACCUGCAGCGCCUGCUACAAGCGCUACAUGUACAAGGGCCACGGCAGCUACACGCGGCAGACGGAUCCGGUCAUGUACCGCCGCGGCGGCUAUGAGGAGGCUGGCGGCGGCGGCGGCGGCGGCGGCGGCGGCACCAAGAGCGAGGAUUGAGGGAAGGAGUUGCGAGGACGAGGACUUGAGAACUUCGAUGGGGCCGUCUGGGGCUUUGCAGGACUGUGGGCUGUUGUUGGGCUGCGGCGUUUGGAGCUGCAGAUUGUGGCAUCGGACAUGUUGAUGGCGAGGAAGCGUUUGGCGAGUCUAGCGAGAUGAACACGGGCGGCGGCGGUGCCGGCGGCUGAGCAUGCCUGCGCAGGAGGCUUGCUGGGGUUUGAGGUGUUCAGGGGCAGGGUAGGAAUGCGGCACGGUGGGAUGCAAGUGGCAGGCGUUGUAUGUGUGGGUUGCUGCCGCCGCUCGCUUGCAGGAAUGUGAUGUGUCAUACGCGUGUCAUAUGCCAAAAGCGGCAAAGUUGCUUGUGGGAACCAGAGAAUGCAAGCGAGCAGUGUGUGGCGCAAUGACCCGUUGAGAUUGGUUCAAGCAUUAGUUUAUGUUUGAGGCUGAUCUGAUCCAGGCGGGGAAUAUUAAAUACAUUGGGUAAUUCUGAAGAGUGGAAAGCACAGGAAAGCACUAAAGCUACAGCUGUUUUUGCUGGAUCUUCUGAAUGGGUUUUG